GCGCAACGCACUUCAGUACCAGCCCACACCUGACCUACGUGGGUCUUCGCUAGCUCCCUGUUAAUCGACAUAUACAAUAAAUUCAACGGGUUUUAACGUGUACAUCAGGAGUAUGUCAGAUAAAAUGAUUAGAGAUGCACGAUUCCUGAGUAACUUGUGUAGAUAAGGACAUCAAUGACGAAAUCUGAUUUAAUUUUAACCUAACGUCGGACGUUCAUAGUUCAUCAGUGUUGAGAGAAAAAGCGAAAGAGGAAAGAAUUUGGAUGGAACGCGAAUGCAGACACACCAGAUAGUCGAAGAUGUUUCGAAGUCGGAGCUGGUUCGGAGGUGGGCUUUGGAAGCCUAAAAAUCCUCAUUCUCCUGAGCAUCUUAAGUACCUGUACAAUGUCUUAUCAAAGAAUCAAACUGUAUCUGAGAACAAUAGAGGUUUAUUAGUUGAAACUCUACGCUCCAUUGCUGAGAUUCUCAUAUGGGGUGACCAAAAUGAUAGCAGUGUAUUUGAUUUUUUUCUGGAGAAAAACAUGCUUUCAUUUUUUUUACGUAUUAUGAAGCAAAAAUGUGGGAGCUACGUGUGUGUUCAAUUGCUUCAAACAUUGAAUAUUUUAUUUGAAAACAUACGCAAUGAGACAUCUUUAUAUUAUCUAUUAAGUAAUAAUCAUGUAAACAGUAUAAUAGUGCACAAAUUUGACUUUAGUGAUGAGGAAGUAAUGGCGUACUAUAUCAGUUUUUUGAAGACGCUGAGUCUAAAACUAAACGCACAUACCAUCCAUUUCUUCUAUAACGAGGUAAACGAGCAUACCAAUGAUUUUCCACUGUACACGGAAGCAAUUAAAUUUUUCAACCAUUCGGAAGGUAUGGUACGCAUAGCUGUGAGAACUUUGACUCUGAAUGUGUAUCGUGUUGAGGAUGCAUCUAUGCUAGCUUUCAUAAGAGAUCGCACAGCUGCACCAUACUUUAGUAAUCUUGUCUGGUUCAUUGGCGAUCAUAUUAUAGAAUUGGACACUUGUGUCCGAAAUGAUGCUGAUCAUCAGAGUCAAAACAGAUUAUCAGAUUUAGUUGCGGAACAUUUGGACCAUUUGCAUUAUUUAAAUGACAUUUUGUCUUUGAAUAUAGCAGACUUAAAUAAAGUUCUAUCAGAUCAUUUGUUACAUAAGCUAUUAAUCCCGUUAUAUGUUUAUUCUCUGAUGAAACACAAAAAUGUUCUGUGCCAAACUCAGGAUGAGAGGAAACACGUCAGUGUUGUAGUAGCACUUUUUCUACUUUCUCAAGUCUUUUUGAUAGUGUCGCACGGACCUCUUGUACAUACACUGGCAGUCGUAAUGCUUAUGUCUGACUUAGAUACAAUUCAAAGUGGGAUGAAUAGAGUUUUAGAAAAAUUUGAAACCGUAAUGUCGAGUAAAUCUCUCACUUUUUCACCAUCGAAAGAAACGUUGAAAAAAUCCCUGGAAACUCUGAGCAAAACGCUACCGUUGUCUGAGAGAUCUUGCGACGACAACGAAACAGGAGCGACUGAGAAUGCGAUUGAGGAACUGCAAGAAUGUAAUCAACCAAGCACAUCGUUUAGCGAUUCUUCAACAGCAAAUACUCCCGUUCUUAUAAGUACGCCAUUGGAUACAAGUAUUCCUAGCGAAGAUGAUUUAGAAGAAAUUAAGCAAUUGAAUGUGACAGAUGAGGAGAAAGAACAACGCUUGGCCUUAGAGAGCCCUUUGACACCGCAUCAAAGCCAAAGUGACAUGCAUGGAUCUUUAGCGAAGAAGCCAUUUUUAGAAACAAUAAUCAAUUCUUUAUUAUGUACGGAGAAUGAUUAUGCUGCAUUAUUCGCACUUUGCUUACUGUAUGCAUUAGCCAAUAAUCAGGGUAUAAGUCGUCAAAGUCUCGAUAUAAUUUUGUCUCCAUUUCAAAAUAAUACCUCUGUGAAAAAUUCAUAUAAUGAAUUACUCAUGGAUAGAUUGAUUCAUAUUAUAACAUUAAGCUGUCAGACAAAUGCCAAAGUAAGACUUGUCACAUUGGAGCUAACAAUCAAGUUGUUGACGCAGCUAAUGGUAUCUGAAGGACAAGGCUUAUUACGAGAAUCGCAUCUAACAGCCAUCGAAGCAGCGAAAGAACAAAGCACGUCUCUGCUCAAAAACUUCUACAAGAGUGAAGAUAUUUUCUUGGAUAUGUUUGAGGACGAAUAUAGUGAGAUACAGAAACGCCCGCUGAAUGUCGAAUGGCUGAUGAUGGACAGCAAUAUUUUAUUGCCUCCCACCGGCACACCUAUGACUGGAAUUGAAUUUAGUAAAAGACUGCCGUGUGGUGAGGUGGAAAGGGCGCGGCGCGCAAUAAGAGUUUUCUUCUUAAUAAGAGAAUUGUCUCUGACGCUCAAUAUGGAAGUGGAGACUCAAUUACCGUUGACCAAUCCAGCUAAUUGUGUACAAGUUAACAACGUUCUUGACCUAAAUAAUAGUGAUUUAAUUGCAUGCACCGUCGUGUGGAAAGACGGCCAGAAAAUUCGCCGUUUUUUGGUCAUCGAUGUCGUGCAAUUGAUUCUCGUGGAGCCCGAUACCAGCAAGCUCGGAUGGGGUGUCGCGAAACUAGUCGGUUUUUUACAAGAUAUCGAUGUGGCUGGUGACAAGGACGACUCAAGGUGUUUGCAUUUGACAAUUUACAAACCGUUAAACAGCAGCACGGGCAAUCGUAUACCAUUGCUGUCGGCUAAAUUCAUAUUUGACGAUCACAUUCGAUGUAUGGCUGCCAAACAAAGGCUGACAAAGGGACGAAUAAAAGCAAGGCAGAAAAAAAUGAAUCAGAUUGCAAGAUUGCUGGACAUUCCGACAAGCAUGCCUCAUUGUUCGACACCGCCUAACUACGCCUUACGCGGUUUACGACACGAUCGUGUAGCCGGACGUGGUCAGAGACUGCAAAAGGAUCAGAGGCCGAUGUUCACGGUGAACAAAGUUCCUGGGUUUGCCGCUCAAAUGCGCCGGGAAACUGUUAGACCAGUGGCAUCGUCGAGUUCCAAACGCGAUGAUGCCAAUUCGAACGAGAAGAUUCAUGAAAACGGUUUGCGGUCCAGAGACAGUUCGCCCAAGAUGCCAAGGCCGCGGAGUGAAGAGAUUCCUCUGGAAGACAUGCGAAUUCGAAAAGCUUCCCUCACGUCCAAUGGACUAAACGUAACGCAUAUAUGUUCAGAGAGAAGAGACAGUCAAAGUGCUACUUGCUCAAAUAACAGCGAGUCUUCUUCUAUCAGGAAACACUCUGAAGAAACGUCUUUCACGUCUCCGCAAGCGCAGGAAUCGAAGCCACGUAGGAAGGGUCAGGUGGAAACUGUGUGAUUUUACAAACAGCAACUCGACAAACUAGUAAUUUAAACCAAACACAUCUUUCAGAAAUUUAAAGUAAGAAAUUUUUUUUUAUUCGUGUUACUU